GAGCACUAGGGGAUGGCGGAGUUGAAGGCAGCCUUGAAAGAGGCGAAAAAGCUACUCAGUGCUGGUCAAAGUGACGAUGCACUCGGGGCUCUGCAGGGGCUUCUAGAUGAUGAAGUUGAGGAUUACAUGCUAUUUUCUUUCGCUGCUCUUGCGCAUGCUAAUCUCGGCGACGCUAAAGAAGCUAGGAUUUUAUACGACAAAGCUAUAAAAUUAGACGCAAAGCUACCAGCUGCCUGGCAAGGACUGUACAAAUUGUAUGAUGCGGGUAAAUUGCCAGCGGAUGACCGUGCUUUAGAAGUGUGUGACCAUCUUGCUACAUCAAGCGACUCACAGGAGAAACGACUAAUAUAUGAAGAAUCUCGUCGAAAGUUCUUGUUUGAGUUGGCUCGAUAUGAGCAAUUAGAGAAAGAUCUCGGAACCAACGAAACGCUCAUUGGCAAAGUCAUUGAUAAGAUGACCAGGAAGGAUAUUCUCUCAGCAAUCGAAAGUGCUCUACUUCGGAAAGCGUUCAAUGAGCUGGACGGUUCGUUCAGAGCGAAUGCGGAUUGGAAUUUGCAGUACUGCAAAUUUCUUUACACAAGACAAGAACGACAAUGGACUGAAGAAGUGCUCAAAUUUUGUGCUUGCCAUCCUUAUGAAGAAAUAUCAUGGAUACGCGGUCGUCUUUUGGAGAUCAUAGCAGAAAAAUUCUUUUGUACCCAAAUCAUUCCUGAUGACGUCUUCACUAUUUACGCAAAAUGCACUUCAAAGAUGAACGAAAUUGAAAAGAGCACCGAUCAAGUGCUGCAGUCUCUCAGUGGAGACGACAUGGCUGCAACACUUGAUGUUGUUGAUGGGCUUCCGGAAAACGCGUUCACCUAUCUGCCCCUUGCUAUGAUUGCCGUUCAUUUACUUGCUGAGACGGAGAACUGGGAGAAAGUUGUUAGGGUGGUUGACUGGAUUAUUGGACAAAAUGUGACAACUGAGUGUGAAAAUGUCGCGUCGUGGUUGAAGAAGCAAGCGCUUUUAGAGAUGAAUCAAGCGGAUGAGGCUCUGAGAGUAAAAGUCUCUGGAGAACAUCCGCCUUCCAUGUUUGCUAUUGAUUCUGCAAAGCUGUCAAUGUUGAAAGGUGAUGACGUGGAUGACAUCAUACAGGAGUUGGGUGUAGAUUCAGUUGAUGCGAAGAGGAUAAGAAUUGUGAGAGCUUUACAAACUGGAGAGGCCGUUGAAUCUCUAGCAGAUUCUGAGUUUCUUAUGAAAGACGAUUCGUUGACAUGGCGGGAUUUGGCCUUGGUGGCUGAGCUGUACAUCCUCUUGGGGAAGGAUGCAACUGCUUUGUUAGUGAGGGCAGCGAAGCUCAAUCCUCGCUCCAGUCGCGUUUUCUUCCUCCUGGGCAAGUCACUGAGGCAAAAGAAUCCGUCAAAAGCCCGUUCUUGCCUUGAGAGAGCUGUGAAGAUUCGACCAAACAACCAGGAAUAUAUCAAGGUGCUAGAUGAGGUUUAUCAGGAUGCUGGUGAAACAGUGGAAACUCGCUUGGCGUUAUUAAACCAGUUGAAUGAGUACAAGAAACCAAUGUGGCUGAGGAAAAGAUUGGUGGAAUUAGCCAAAAUCAAGCAGAAUUGGGACACUGUCAUUGAUGAACUUCAGCAGAUUGUCAGGUUUCAUGAGAAUGACUUCGCUAGUUGGGCUCUUUUGGCGGAAGCGUAUUCACAUAGAGGAAAUUUGCAGUCAUCCGUCAACGCCUACGGCAAGGUAUUAGAGCUCGAUCCAAGUAGUGACUAUGCUAUAUGCCUAAUACAAGUGCUAAUGAGAAUGCAUAAUCUCGAAAGCGCUGCUGAACAGUGUGAACGUCGGCGCUCAUUGGGGAUUGAAAAUGAUCAUAUAAGAUAUGCUGUUGAUCUGCUUGAUGCUCAGGUCCACUUACGUUUGUUCGAUAAAGGGGAGGAUGAGCAACGUUUCGACCACUUGAAAGCCGUGUUCAGACUUGCUGGAAAUGUAGUAGCAGCGCGACCUCGUAUCUCGUUGGCGUACAAAUUGGCGGCUGAUGCACUUUUGCGAGUGAUCAAAUAUCGUGACAGUAUAAUGAAAAGCGUAGAGAUACCUACAAGUUGGUCUGUUUCUGACCGUGUAUCAGCAGUGCGGGCAGCAGUCAAUUUUUAUUCCGUUGCUUUGGACUUGAAUAGGAAGAAUGCUUGGGCUUGGUAUGAUUUGGCUGUGGCUUUGCUCCAACAAGCUCGUCUCGACAGCCCAGCUCAGCAUGCGACAAAAGCAUCAGAGUGUUUGCGAAAGGGCAUGACCUUGACCAAAUGCACGCAGACAAAAUCUACCUUUUGGACGCUUCUUGCUGAAGCGAUGAGAUUAUCCUCCACUGCUAGUGAUACGUCGCCAAAUGCAGAGAAUUCCACAGCUCUCCAGCAGCACUACCUUGUUCGAGCGUUGCAACUGAACAAAGCUAAUGAUGAAGCAUGGCUUCGUCUGGCGCUUCUUUACUAUACAAAUGGGGCGAUGGACUUAGCGCACAUUGCUAUCGAAGAGGCGCUCAAGCAUAACCCACUUUUGGCUGAGGCUUGGUGCGCGUAUGCGAUGAAAGCUGAUGCAGAAGGAAUAAGUCACGAGGCGAUUGAUAUGUUCCGUCACUCUGUGUCCAUCAAACCGAUGAUCCCUGCAGUCAUGAAGUACACCGCCAUGUUGAGUAAAACGCUACGAACAAAGACUUUCGACUCUGCUACGGUGAUGAUAGACUUCUCAAAAGUGCUCAGGCUAAAAGACAAUCAAGACUGUGUAAGCAGAGAUCAGCUUCUCCAUAUUGCCGUCCUGGCCGAGUUGUUUGGUUAUUACGAGGAUGCAGCCAAUUCUCUCAAGGAAGGUAGAGAGAAAGGAAUCCAUCUGCAAAGGGCUCAGCUAAAAGCUGGCGAGAAAGUCGCUAAUCCUGACAAGUCUCUCCAGCAUCUGGCAAAGUUAUGUGCGAUGAAUACCGAAGAUUUGUUCGAUCUUCUAAAGGAAAAACAACCAUUAUACAGAGACCUAUUCGAUCGACUUGCUGCUCCUGAAGCGAAUGGCUUACAGGAGCUCUACCGUGCCUAUUCGAAGUCCAUAUCUGUUCCCUUGGUGGUAGCGGCUGUGAUUCGUUUUGGCUUGCCUUUAUGUGACCAAGCUGUUAAUGUGCUUCAUGAAGUUUUACCUCGUCAUGAACUCAUUGACGUAUUCCCAACAGUUAUGCCAGAAGACAUGGACAACGGGCUCAUCUAUGUAGAACAAGAUGGUGAAGAGCCUUUUCGGUACAGUCACUAUGUUGCAAAGCCUCUCUGUGAGAUUCUAAAGAAACGACGUGAAGAAUUAGAAGCUCAACAAAAUGACACUAGUGCAGAGCCAGUGUCAUAAAGCUUUACUGCCAGUAUAAUGCGGGUGCUUGUAGUCAUAUUUUGCUGCAU